UUCAUGGGCUGAGGACACCGUGCUCUGGUGGCUUGGGGCCAGCCUGCUAACUUCACCAGGUCAGCAACUUGAGAACUUCAGAAUCCUGAGGCUUUAACACUCCCAGGGAAGAAACCUUUUAACUCCCAAAGUGGCCCAGCUGAAUUCUUUAUUUUGGUGAAAUGUUGAAGAUCAGCUGCAGAUAUGUCUACUCCAUAUGAACUGGAAUGUCCACCAGUUAUUUUUGACAAUGGUUCAGGACUCUGUAAAGCAGGACUGUCUGGUUAUGUUGGACCCAGCCAUGUUAUCAACUCUGUCAUUGGCCACCCUAAAUUCAGUAUACCUUCAGAAAGGGCCAAUCGGAAGAAAUACUUUGUAGGAGAGGAUGCCCAGGACAAGUAUGAUGCCUUGUAUUUGCAUUACCCUGUUGAGCGUGGGAUGGUAACAAGAUGGGAUGACAUGGAGAAACUCUGGAAACAUCUUUUCGAGUGGGAACUCGGAGUUAAACCGAGUGAACAGCCAGUUCUGAUGACUGAACCCUCCUUGAACCCAAGAGAGACCAGAGAGAAGACCGCCGAAAUCAUGUUUGAGAAAUUCAAUGUGCCUGCUUUUUACCUGUGCAACCAUGCAGUGGCAGCACUCUAUACCUGUGCCUCUGUCACUGGCCUGGUGGUGGACAGUGGAGAUGGGGUCACUUGCACCGUGCCCGUCUUUGAGGGUUACUCCCUGUCUCAUGCCAUCACCAAGCUUUAUGUGGCAGGGAGGGACAUCACAGAACAUCUCAUCAGGCUCCUCCUAGCCAGAGGAUGUACCUAUCCUUGCAUCCUCAACAAGGCUGUGGUGGAUGAAAUCAAAGAGAGCCUUUGCUACGUCUCCUUGGAGCCAGAGAAAGAGCCACGCAAGGGACGGCAGGAGGACACGACGGAGUACACACUGCCAGAUGGGAAUAUAAUCAACAUUGGGGAUCAUCUGUGCCAGGUGCCUGAGGUACUUUUUUCUCCAGAUCAGCUUGGCAUUCAGGACCCCGGACUCUCAAAAAUGGUCUGCAGCAGCAUCAUGAAGUGUGAUAUGGACAUCCAGAAAAGCCUUUUUGCUGAUGUUGUGCUCUCCGGGGGCUCCACACUUUUCCCUGGGUUGGAAGAAAGGCUCAUGGAAGAGCUGGAACAGCUAGCUUCUGGUGGAACCCCAAUCAAGAUCACGGCUUCUCCUGAUAGAUGUUUCUCUGCAUGGAUUGGCGCAUCCAUCAUGGCCUCUAUGAGCAGUUUCAAGCAACUGUGGGUAACCUCUGAGGAUUUCAAAGAAUAUGGGAAAUUUGUGGUACAGAGAAAGUGCUUCUAAACGGUGCUGAACACUAGAUGGCGGGCAUCUUGAAACAUCUGUUAUAGGAGUAGCAGCAGGAAAUAAGAUCGUCCCUCGCAUGUCAGUCUGACGGUCAAUAAAAGAGCUGUCCC